AUGGAAUUAGACGGUGAAAGUGAAAUACGUGAGCUACGGCUACCAUGGCCUGUGUACAACAAUUUAUUCAAGUUAAUUUCGGUAAAUGACAACAAUUUUGAAGUGAAGUGUAAACUUUGUGUUAAUUCUAAAAUGUACUCUACUUCUACUAAGAGUAAUUCAAAUUUAAAGAAACAUAUAACGUCAAAACAUGCUUCCAGAGUAAAAGAGCUUGAAGCAGAUUUAAAAAUUGAAAAAUCUACUAAUAAACGUAAAAAUAAUGAGUUUGAUUGUGACCAAAGUGCAAAGGUGCAACAAACAAUAUCGGAUGCAUUUUCAAGAGCUCAGCCAGUUAGUCAAGAAAAUUUAAAUUCUAUGAUAACUGAAUUUGUUAUUAUGGGUAACCAUGCAUUUAAUAUUGUCGAAGAGGAAAAAUUCAAAAUUAUCAUUCAAAAAGGUUUUCCAAAUCGGCAAUGUCUAUCUAGAAAAACUUUAAUGAGUAAAAUUUCAACUACUGCGGACAAUUUGAAAGCUAAUCUUAAAGCACAAUUGUCAACCACUGAAGUUAAAUAUGUCUGUGCUACAGCGGAUUGCUGGUCAGUUUUUAAGAGAAGUUAUAUUGGUAUAACAGUACAUUGGUAUGACCCAGAGAGUUUUCAGAGAUUAUCUGCUGCGCUUGCUUGUCGCCGCAUCAAAGGCAGACAUACAUUUGAUGUCUUGGCUAAAAUAAUGCAUGAUGUGAUUUAUGAAUAUGGCAUUUUUAACAAAAUAAUAAAAAUAGUUACUGAUAAUGGUUCAAAUUUCAUCAAAGCUUUUCGUGUGUAUUCAGAAUCUGAAAAUGUAGAUGAAAAUAUGGAGAUGGAAGAGGAGCAAGAAGUAGAGUUAAUUGCAAUUAGUGAUAUUUUAAAUGAACAAACUUCAUUCGAUGCAGAUUCUCCAUAUUCUCUUCCUCCACAUCAUCGCUGUGCCAGCCACACACUGAAUUUAGUAGCCACUAAAGAUUCAGAAAAAGCAUUAUCUGAUCCAUUAUAUAAAAAACAACUGAGAUCAACAUUUGCGAAAAUGCGUGCACUUUGGAAUAAGCAAGAAAGGACAAGCUUAAUUGCCGAUACCAUACAUGAUGAAUUAAAUAUUUAUAUUAUUGUACCUAACGCCACUCGAUGGAAUUCUACGUUCCAAGCCGUAAAAUGUUUAAAAGAUCAACUCAUAAAAUCUGAAAGUGAAGUCCAGCGCAUUUGUGAUAAAGCAGGUUUACCAAGAUUCGAUAAAAAAGAUCAAGCUUUUAUGAUUGAUUAUUGCAAGGUAAUGCAGCCAUUGGCCCAGGCUUUAGAUUUACUUCAAGGAGAUAAAUUUGUGGCUAUGGGUUAUCUCAUUCCAACAAUAAAAUGGCUUAAAAAACAACUUAAAGAACUGCUUAUAACAGCAACUAUUUGUAAAAGUCUUGCAAAUGCAUGUUUAGAUGGUGUCUGUUCUAGGUUUGACCUAAUGUUGCUAGACAAAUUUAAUAUUUUAGCUACUGUUUCUCAUCCAAAGUUUAAGUUCAAAGGUAUGUCAGUAAUGGAAAAAGAAGAAGCUACCGACCUCCUUCAAAGUGAAAUAGAAUAUUUCAAACCUGUAAAUGAUAAUAGUUUAGAGCAAAAUCAACUUGAGGAAGUCAAUGAUAACAUUAUUUUUGAUGAAGAUAUAGAUAUAGAGCAUUCUAAUGCUGAACUUGAACGGUUUUUAUUUACUCCUUUUAAUGGUGAUUUAACUAUUUUAAAAAACAUGCCAAUAAUGAGAUUAAUUUUUUUGAAGUAUAAUACUGCUUUACCCUCAAGUGCUUCUGUUGAACGCUUGUUUAGCAUAGCAGGAGAUAUAUGCACUAAAAAGCGAUCAAAAAUAAGUGACUAUAAUUUUGAAAACGCAUUGUUAUUUAAAAUAAAUUUGAAAAAUAAAGAUUAA